CUAAAUUCCAUAGAUUUCUUGCAGUUUUUGGGGUUUUUUUAAUUACAUUUGAGGCUGGAGAGUUUCAGUUGCAUGCCAGGUUUUGGAGUUUUGUUGGUUUGUUUUUUGAAGCUAUGGAUUAGAAGCCAAAACAAGAAAAAUAAAUUUCACUUAUACAUGAUAGAGCUGACGCAUAAUGCUCAAGUUUCUAUCAACUUUAAAGGUACUAAGUAGUAGUGGUACUGUAUUUUUCUAAAACAUUGCCAAGUAGGAGGAAACCAUAGUACCUUUUGGCAACCCCCCCUACUCCCCCCCCCCCCAAAGAAAAAAUACCACUAAACAUAACUAUUCUUUCUGCCUUGAUGCUCUCUCCACUGUGCUUGGUUUUUAUAAACAACCCUGACCAUUUUGGCUUCAGAGUGAUUAAUGAUGCCUGCUUGCAUCUUCUAGAUUGAAUUUGAGAUUGUUCGCUAACCCUCCCUAUAUUAGAGAAAAACUAUAGCAGCCUAAAUGGGAUCUUUUUGUUUUGUUUUCUUAUUAUAUUAGAUGUGUGAAGGCUGCAUCCUUAGGUUUUGGGGUUGUGUAGGAGUUGGCAGGCUCUGGGAUAUAAAUAGAAGCUGAUUUCAGAGGCCCCUGUUGACUAGGCUUUAUGUGAGAUCCUCCAUCCAGCUCAGCCUGUCACAUUGCAGCCUUGUGACAGGCUGAAGCGCCGCCCAUGUGAUCUAAGCUCCUGAGAAAUAUUAAGGCAAGCUGUGCACAUGUGAUGGCAUUUAAAAGCUGGGGGGAAUAGUCUACAAGAUGAGAAGCCAUCGAGAAGACAUACCCUGUUGUCUCAGAGUUGAAGACUAUAGUGAAUUGAAGCAGAAAAAUAUGGCUCAGGAGACUAACCAGACCCCAGGGCCCAUGCUGUGUAGUACAGGAUGUGGCUUUUAUGGGAAUCCUAGGACAAAUGGAAUGUGUUCUGUUUGCUACAAAGAGCAUCUUCAGAGGCAGCAGAAUAGUGGCAGAAUGAGCCCAAUGGGGACAGCUAGUGGUUCCAACAGUCCUACCUCAGAUUCUGCAUCUGUGCAAAGAGCAGACACUAGUUUAAACAACUGUGAAGGUGCUGCUGGCAGCACAUCUGAAAAAUCAAGAAAUGUGCCUGUGGCUGCCUUGCCUGUAACUCAGCAAAUGACAGAAAUGAGCAUUUCAAGAGAGGACAAAAUAACUACCCCGAAAACAGAGGUGUCAGAGCCAGUUGUUACUCAGCCCAGUUCAUCAGUUUCUCAACCUAGUACUUCUCAAAGUGAAGAAAAAGCUCCUGAGUUACCCAAACCAAAGAAGAAUAGGUGUUUCAUGUGCAGAAAGAAAGUUGGCCUUACAGGGUUUGACUGCCGAUGUGGAAAUUUGUUUUGUGGACUUCACCGUUACUCUGACAAGCACAACUGUCCAUAUGAUUACAAAGCAGAAGCUGCAGCAAAAAUCAGAAAAGAGAAUCCAGUUGUUGUGGCUGAAAAAAUCCAGAGAAUAUAAAUUACUACUUGUGAAGAGACUGAAACUUUGUUUUUAUUUUAAUAUAUCGUAGGAAAACAUUAAAGAGCAGAUGCAUGGCCAUUUUCCUUUGAUGUUCUCCAGAGUUUUACUUUAUACUACUUGUCUGUCUUAUAAUUGAUAUUUUAGGAUGUUUGGGUGUUUGUUACAGGCAGAAUUGGAUAGAUACAGCCCUACAAAAUGUAUAUGCCCUCCCUUGAAUAAAAUUGGAUGGAAAUCUGCAUAUCAAAUUGAAUUUCACAGAUAACAGGGACAAAAUUUAGCUCCCACGUGCCAAACAAAACAUGAAAUCUCUGCAUGUUUGCAGCAUAUCUGCCUCUUGGGAAUGUAUCAAGGUAUAAUUUUUGGCUAGUGUUAUGUGCCUGUAUUUUUCUAAAAAAAUGGUACACCAGAAAAGGACUGGCAGUCUACUUCUACCAUAGUUAAACUUCACUGUUAAUUUUCACAACAUGUUCUUUGGAAGCAGGAAGAAGGUGAUAAAAGAGGAUCAGAACUUCCCAUGAAACCAGUAUUUGAUGCCAUAUAUAAGCAUGGCUAAUUGGCCUAAAAGCUGGCAAAGACAUUCUGUGAAAGGUAAACAUUGCAACUGGUUAUGAGUAAAACCAUCAAGCAACAGGGUCUGGAGCUAUCUUUGAAGCUUAUUGUUGACCUGCACCAGAAGAUGUCUGCAUUACUUACUCAUUGCUAAAAAUGUGUAGCACAGAACUGCACUAGGAUUAAUUUGUUUACAAGAAGAAAUUAAAACUCUGCAUUUGGUUUUCACAUACAGUAGCUCUGUUGAGUAACAUGCAUCUGAAUUUUAAGUUGCAAAGGUAUCUGAACAGUUAAUUUUUCAUGUGCAUCUUUUGUUGAAUGUUUUGGUUGAAGAAAGAAUGUUUAGAGCUUUUUUAAAAGACUUCAGUUAAUGUAACUGUACCCUUCUGCAUGGAAAAUCAUAACCAACAUGGCUGCAGUAGACUUCUUAGUGGUAUCCAGCACCACUUGCAGAGGGCUGCUUUAUCAUAUUAAUUGUACUUGGGUAUAGGACUAGUGUUCUUGGGUGUGUUGCAUGGGCUGCAUUAUUUACAGCAUUGUACAAUAACAACUAGAAGAGGCAGUAUACUUCAUUGAUGCUUGUCUGGUAAUAUCACUUCUGUGUUAUAAUGGAAGGUUUUCUGUGAUAUAUGAAACUUGUGUUUUUUAUAUAUAAAUGAGUAUAGUUAGAUUAGUGUUGUGGUAAUGCCUGUUUUCAUCUGUAAAUAGUUAAGUAUGUACACGAGGCACUACUUCUGAUUUAUUGCAGUGUUCAGUCUUAGUUUUACUUUUGUUCUUAAAGCACUCAAUUUUGCUUUCAAAUCUUUGUACCUUAGUUCUGAGUUAGAUUUGCAGAUGUGUACAGAUAGUUCAUAUUUAUGUAUUGCACAUAAUCAUGCUACCCAGCAUUGAUGCUAUAUUGUAUUAUGUAAAUAAUAAAAGCCAUGUACAGAGGGAAA